AUGUUCUCAUCGUCGGUUUGGAGGGUGGCCUCAACAGCCCCCUCAAUACCUACUGCCCUGAGUUCGGCGCCGCGAGCAGCCGCCUCCCAAAUACUAUCCUACCGUAAUCACCAACGACGGUACUCGUCCUCCAAACCUCCCAGCCCAGCCGAUGGCUCGAAUGGCGUAGCAGAUGGCCGAGCUGUACCUGCAGCACCCGCCCAAGCACGGCCAGAUGGCGGAAAGAAGGGUUCAAGAUCGAGCAGGAAGAAGACGCGGGACGGCGCUGUAGGCGCGAAGGGCAAAGAAGAAGCCUUGCACAACCUCCCCAGUGUGCCUAGCACUCAACACAUCGCUCCAAACCAACUUGCUGCCUCCGAUUUCUUCUCCCUCCACCGCCCGAUCUCUAUAACCAACAAUUUCCCGAAGGCCGUGACGGAAGAUGCUUUUGCAGCUAUAUUUACACAGCGUGCGAAGCCAAAUCCCAAGCCGUCGGAAGUGAUAUCUACCCUAUCACGAACACUGGACAGCCUGGAUACUGUCUCAGGGAAUAUGAAGAACCUCAAGCUCGGGGCCCAGCAGGAGCAAUGGAACGAGGAGACAGACGAAUUACGGGCUGCCAUAACAGCGGAAUCUUACCGAAAGGCAGAGGUGCAACAUCUUGAUGCUGCGCCCGAGGACUCUGCCAUGAAUUUCCCUCGCCAUAUCCUGUCCGGCAGAUACCAACCUUUCAACCCUCCUCCACCACCCGCCCCGAUGAACACACCGGAAUCCUUGGCAGCAGGAGCCGAAUCAGCUGCCGAGCCCCAUGAAUCCCAACAUCGAACCUACACCACGGUCCUCACUAUCGAGGAAUCCACCGAUGAGAAUGGAGACGUCACAUAUCAAGCACAUAGCUCCCCCUUAGUAGCCGGAGAUCAGCCAACGAGUACGCGCUUCUUGGAGCGGAUGCAAGCGCGACAAGAACGACACCGGAUACAGCGGGCGGUGGAAUUUGAUGGCAUGUUUGCGAUCAGCGUGAAGAGGCAGAGGAAGUUGAAGAUGAAGAAGCAUAAAUAUAAGAAGCUUAUGCGACGUACGAGGAAUUUGCGGAGAAGAUUGGACAGGAAUUAG